AACCAUAACCACUGCGGUCAUUCCAGCUUAUUUUUGCCUUUGCCGUUUCUGUUAUAUUUGUAUCGCCGCGGGUAUUCAGGAGAGUACGGAAAAGCGCGCACUGAAAACAAUGGGCCAAAAACACGAUUAUACAUAAUGAUGAAAAUUAUGAUAAAAACCCACAUUUUAAUCUCUACUGCGCUAUAAUCUGUAAAUGACUUUUUUUUGUCUUCGUCGUGGAGUCAUUCGUAGCAAAGAGGAGCCGGAGCUGCGUGUUUGCCGAGUGCGAAGCGCCGUGGCUCCGCCUCGGAUGUGUUAAAACUCAGGGGACGAUUUUGAAACUUAUAAGUUGCUACGAUGUUAGGAACUCAGAUAGAGACCAAGCAUAUGGUAGGUAGCAAGGCAAGUUGACCAUCUCUCACACAGUCUCAUACAGCGAGGAUUUCUGGACUCAUCUGUCGCUGGGACUGGUAUCCGGAAAUAUACCUUGUUGUAUGACACCUUAAAAUCCAGAGAUAUUUUAUUCAAAGUCAGCGGAGUUGAACUCACAGGAAACUUCAGAAUAAGCUUAAUAUGUUUCAGGUCCAGGCUGUCACUGUUGCGGACGAUGUCUAAUCUGAUGCUUCUCUUGGGCCUGCUAAACUUUGCUCUGUGCUACGGCUUGGAAUUUCGGUAUCACAACACUACUGAAGUGGAAGAGUAUCUGAAAGCAGUACACAGAAAUUAUUCUUCAUUUACGCACCUACACAGCAUUGGAAAAUCAGUGGAAGGAAGAGAUCUCUGGGUUCUCGUCCUCGGUAAAUCUCCCACGGAGCACACGAUCGGGAUCCCGGAGUUCAAAUAUGUCGGAAACAUGCAUGGCAAUGAGGUGGUGGGGCGUGUGGUACUGCUCCAGCUGAUCGAUCACCUGACCCAGGGCUACCUGAGCGACCCCCAGGUCACGCGGCUCCUCAACAGCACCCGCGUGCACAUCCUGGUCUCCAUGAACCCUGACGGCUUCGAGGCCUCUACUCGCGGCUGCGUAUACUCAGAGGGCCGGUUCAAUAAGCAUGGCAUGGAUCUGAACCGGAACUUCCCAGAUGCCUUCCAGGGCAACAUGGAUAUGGCACGUGAAGUGGAGGUGCAGGCGGUGAUGGACUGGCUACAGACGGAGCCCUUCGUCCUGUCCGCCAACCUGCAUGGGGGCGCUGUGGUGGCCAGUUAUCCAUACGACAACAGCAAUGAAGGAAGUGAGCUGCAGUCGGGCUCUAGUGUCUCCCCUGACGAUGACGUCUUCAUCCACCUGGCCAAGACCUACUCAUUCACACACAAGAGCAUGCAUAACGGUAACAGCUGUUACGACUUGAAGAACUUCAAGGAUGGCAUCACCAAUGGCUUUAACUGGUAUCCUCUUAAAGGAGGGAUGCAGGAUUACAAUUACAUCUGGGACCAGUGUUUGGAGCUCACACUGGAGCUGUCCUGCUGCAAGUACCCCCCCGAGACUGACCUGCCAGGACUCUGGGAGGACAACAAGCAGGCUCUGCUGGCCUACAUGCAGCUGGUCCACCUCGGUGUGAAGGGCCAGGUGCUGGAUUCCAGGGGAACUCCGGUGAAGAAUGCCAUUGUAGAGGUACAGGGCAGAAACAACCUGUGCCCCUUCAAGACUGACCGCAAUGGGGAGUUCUACAGGCUACUUCUUCCCGGCAAUUACACCUUCAAGGUGAGUGAAGGGACAUUCAGUGAAAGGUGCACAGCUUUCAAGGUGGAUGAGGAAUCCCGCUCGAUUACACAAGGUGAAUCUCUUUGUAUAGUACAUCUCAUGAACAAAGGUAAUUCAACAAGCUUUACAUGAGAAUGAUAUGGGUCA